CUAUGCCAUUGCUGCCUUCUUCCCCCAUGUGGCUGCCCGGCCGGCGCUUCUGGGCGAGUGGCUGGGCCGGGCGGGCGAGGAGCCCCCGCGGUUGCUCCGGGCGCCGGCGCCGCUGCCGUCGUUGCUGGGUCUCCUUCAUGCGGCCCUCGUUUGGGAGGAUCUGACCCGGAGCCAGGAAAGGCCAGCAGCUCCGCGGCCGGGCGAAGCGUAUGUUCAGGUCCAAACGGGCAGGGCUUGUGCGGCGACUUUGGAGAAGCCGGGUCCUCCCCGACAGAGAAGGCGUCGGAGGAGGGGGAGGAGGAGGAGAUGGUGGUGGCGGCGGCUCCACCGGCAGUAGCACCGGCAGCCUUAGGAAGAGCCAUGAGCGAGGGGGCAGCGACGGCAGGAGCCCGGAGAAGCCCCCUGCGAGCGGCAGGCGAGCGGUGACCGGCGGAGGCGCCGUCGAGGAGCCGUGCGCUUUGGAGAGGUCCAUGGCGCACGGCGAGGGCGACCCUCCGGCGCCCCCCGAGGUGGAAGAGGAGGCAGCGGCCGUAGCAGCAGCAGCAGCGCGGGAGGACGCCGAGGAUGGCGGCUCCGACGGCGGCCUCGAAAGGGACAGCCCGUGGUGGGCGCAGGAGAGCGACGGCAUGACCGUCACCUGCUGCCUCUUCAAGGAGAGGGACGCCGACGCUGACGCCGUCUCGCCCCGGCCCCGGGAGCUGCCAGCCCGGGAAGGGCGCUCCAGGCUCACUCUGCUGGAGCAGGAGCUCAAGGCCGUCACGUACUCACUCCUCAAACGCCUCAAGGAGCGCUCCCUCGACAGUCUCCUCGAAGCCGUCGAGUCCCGCGGCGGGAUGCCCAGUGACUGUGUCCUUGUCUCCCGCGCCGAGGUGCGCCUGGGCGGUCAGGCGGCUCCUCCGCACCUCCUGCUGGGGAAGCUCUUCCGCUGGCCGGACCUCCAGCACCCGGCCGAGCUGAAGCCCCUGUGCGAGUGCGGCAGCUUCGGCCUCCCCGACGGCCCCACGGUGUGCUGCAACCCCUAUCACUUCAGCAGGCUGUGCGGGCCAGAAUCUCCACCCCCUCCUUACUCCCGGCUGUCUCCAAAUGACGAGCAAAAGCCACUGGAUCUUUCAGAUUCCACCUUGUCGUACACUGAAACAGAGGCUACAAACUCGCCCAAUGUCACCCCUGGAGAAUUUUCAGAUGCCAGCAUGUCCCCUGACGCAAUUAAGCAAAGCCAUUGGUGCAACGUUGCCUACUGGGAGCACCGGACGCGCGUCGGGCGCCUCUACACCGUGUACGAACAGUCCGUCAGUAUCUUCUAUGACCUACCUCAAGGAAACGGCUUCUGCCUGGGACAGCUGCAGCUGGAGAACAGGAACGAGACUGUCCGCCGGACUCGAAGUAAGAUUGGAUAUGGGAUUUUGCUCAGCAAGGAGCAGGACGGCGUGUGGGCCUACAACCGCAGCGAGCACCCCAUCUUCAUCAACUCCCCGACACUGGACAUUCCCAAUUGCCGGACUCUCAUUGUGCGCAAAGUGAUGCCUGGCUACUCGAUCAAGGUCUUCGACUACGAGAAGUCUUGCCUCUUGCAGCACGCCACAGACUUGGGGUACCCUGACGGACCUUUUGACCCUAACAGUGUCCGGAUCAGCUUUGCAAAAGGCUGGGGCCCUUCCUACUCCAGACAGUUCAUCACCUCCUGCCCCUGCUGGCUGGAGAUUUUGCUCAACAACCACAGAUAGCCGCUCCAGCCUUGGAGGAGGAGGAGGAGAAGGAGAGCCGAGCGGGACACGAGACUUAUCCCCAAAUAUCAUCUACCUAGAUUUAAUAUAAAGUUUUAUAUAUUAUAUGAAAAUAUAUAUUAUACUUGUAAUUAUGGAGUCAUUUUUACAAUGUAAUUAUUUAUGUAUGGUGCAAUGUGUAUAUGGACAAAAAAAGGAAAAUGCACUUUGGCUUAGAGGUCUUUCAAUACAGUUGUGUUUGUUUUUAAGGAGGAAAAAAAUUAUACAGCAAAAAUUGGAAGUAGUGCCAUGUUUGGGCUGUAUAGUUUUUUAUAUUAAAAAAAAUAGUAAUACCCAGGAGAGAAAAAAAAGCUAAUACCGGACACUCGUUGAUAAUAAAGUAUUUGCAUUAUAGGUUU